AGUCUUUCCUUGAGUGUCCACGAUGGUGGUUGGUUGCCAGGAAGUGUUUGGUGUUGAUCAGUGAAUUUUGUUGUGCCCAAGGGUGCGGAAAGUCAUCAAUAUUCAAAGUGAGACAGCCCAAUUGUUCCAAAAGUGUCCACUCCAAUCAUGAUGUUCCACUUGUGAGGAGGGAUUCACAUACCAAGGAAAGCAUUAUACAUAGCGCAACCACAAAAUAGAUGUUCGGUAAAACAAUGAAGGACACAUAUCGGAAUUGCACAUCCACAAUGGGAUUUGGGAUGAUUGUCGUAUUUCUUGCCGCUUUCAUGUGUGGGGUGGAAUCUCAUCGGGAGAAAAUUAGUCUUCAGCCACCGCUUCGUGAAGUGGUGAGAUCCGUCAACGAUUCCUACAUUGUGACGUGCAACGCACAAAAUAAUGCCAUGGCCGUUCGAUGGCAGAAUCCAAAGAAAGGCUCCAUAAAGGAGCGUCGGGGGCGCGUUCACACUGAAGAUAUUAGGGAUUCCCUCGCACUCGUAUUUGAGCACAUCACCCUAGCAGAUCGAGGCGAAUGGAGUUGCUUGGGUGACGAUGCUGAGGACACAAAAAGCUCCUUUAGGAUGAUUGUAAAUGAGGAAAUGAGCUUCGUCGAUACGCCAAUUGUUCAGCUAGCACGUGAACAUCGAGACGCUACAAUACGAUGUGAGGUCAAAGGUGAUCCUGAGCCUGUCAUUUCAUGGGAUUACAACGGAAAAUCCUUACAAUUUCCACACGAAAAGUAUAUAAAAUUGGCGGAUGGGCUCUUCAUCAAGAGGGUGCACAGGAAUGAUAGCGGAGAAUACACCUGCAGAGGAUUUCAGGUUUCACCAUCGAUAGUGAACAGCAAGGAGCAGCGUAUUCGCCUUAAUGUCCAAUAUAAACCCACCCUUUUGUCUGAAGAUAAUAUUCAGUAUGUCUAUGCGAAUGGAACAGUAAAUCUCACAUGUGAGGCUGAGGCUGAGCCACCUGCCAACUUUUCUUGGUUUCGCCAUGGAAAAAAAAUUAAUCCUCGACAGCAAACAAUUCAUACAGCCAAGGAUAUUUCUCAAUUGGAAAUAACUCUAACGGAUGCAUCGAUUCUAGGGCAGUAUCGGUGCAAAGCAUCCAAUCCAUUGGGAAAUGUUGAUCAUGAGAUCCUACUUAAGGAGGGCGUCAAGCCCGAACCACCAGCUAAGUUUAUCUUACGUGGUGUUAGCUAUGAUAUCCUUGAUGUUGAUGUGGGUGCUGCAAAGCAAAGGGAACCCACGGAAAUGGAUACAAUUGGGUAUCGCUUCCAAAUCAUGCCAGUAAAUGUAUUUGAAGAGCACGAUCAGGAUUGGACUUUGGCACGACAAAUUGAUUUUCCUGUCGAAGAUAAUUUCACCUACCUUAUAACGCACCUAGAGCCUCAUACGCGAUACAUCGUGCGAGUGGCAAGUAGAAACCUAGCUGGGUUGAGUGAAUAUACCGACCCAAAGGAAUUCAGUACACAUAGUCAUGGAAUAUCAAAAGCCUCCACCAAUCGUCUGGCCUCAUCCCUCAUCAUCUUUUUCCUCAACUACGCCUUGUGUCACUUGAAUUAGUAAAGAAGAAAAACCCCGCAUCAUGUUGUCGUUGCAUAAAUCGUCGCUUUUUUGUGAACUACACGCCCCCAUAUUCUAUUGUAAUAAAAAAUGUAUUAUUAAGGAUUUGGUAAAUAUAGUUUGAAAUUUCAUUUAGAUAGUCACUGUGAACAAAAAAAAAUGUAUAGGAUCUUAGCCUUACAUGUAAUCAAUCUUGAAGUAAUAUAAGAGAGAUGAAUGCUCCUA